UGGUAUGACGAAAGCUGGUGAUGAACGGAAAUAACUCCCUUUGUACCAUAAGCCAUUACGAGGUAAUGAGUGAGGCAGGCAAUGUUUUAUAAAGUCUUUAAGCUUUGAGCCUAAGUAUAGUGUCAGGAUUUGACCGCCGGUUACGAACCGCUGACAAGACACUAUUUAUGUGAAUUCUGUGGCCUUCAAAAAGAGUCCUUGCUAGUGAGAAAACAGCACGAGGCGGGUUGAGCCUCGAGGUGAAAUUUAGCGCAGAACAUGAAUGGGUGACUGAUGUCACAAAUCAAGAAGACACGUGAACUAUACCACGCCGUGACACUAAAUUUCAAGUCUCUCAAGUCGACCACUAGCAGAAACCUUCAGAAAGCUACUUCAACGAUUAUCAGCAACAUGAAACGCAGUAGUUCCCCCUCCUUAGAUAUAACUUACCACCAAUCAACUGCUAUGAUCAAAUCACAGUCUAUCCCGGAAUCUCCCCAUCGUGCGAAGAAACGAAGAUUACUUGAAACAUACACUUCUGAAUCACCUUUCCUAAAUUUUCCUCAUCCUACGCCUUCCGAGGCUGUCGCAGUCUUCAAUAUUCUUUCCAAAGCCCAUCCACAGUAUGCAUCAACUCGUAUGAUUCCGAAAUUAACUAGUAAUUCUGCGGCCACGUGUGGAAACGUUCCUAAUGUCAUUGAUUCACUCAUUGGGACCAUCUUGUCCCAAAACACAUCUGGAAAGAAUUCGUCUAGGGCGAAAUCCAGCCUAGAUGUGGCGUUUGGUCGGAACAAUUUUGCGGCAAUCGCCUCGUCUCCGAGAGAAGCCGUAGUGGAAGCCAUCCGACAUGGAGGGCUUGCAAACAAGAAAGCAGCCACUAUUGAAAACCUCUUGAAGUCCGUAGAGGAACGACAUGGUGAAUUUUCCCUACAGCAUCUUGCCGAGACGGGGAAGGACGGGAAGCAGCUUUCCGAUGAAGAUAUCAUGAAAGAAUUAACAUCUUACGAUGGCGUAGGACCCAAGACUGCUUCUUGCGUGUUGAUGUUUUGCCUAGGGCGGGACUCAUUUGCCGUCGACACCCAUAUCUUCCGGCUCAGCAAAGUGCUGGAUUGGGUCCCGUCUAGCGCUGACCGCAUUCUAACACAAGCACACCUCGAUAAAAUGCUCCCUGCAGAGUUGAAAUACGGAUUGCAUGUGCUUAUGAUUCAGCAUGGACGGACAUGUAAAGGAUGCAAGAAAGUUGGUUCGUCUACACCUUGCAUCCUAAAGGAUUUCGUGAAGAAAAAUAGACCUUCGUCGAAGUUGUCAGAGGAACCCGUGGUACUAGUUUCCCAUCUCCCUGAUCCGAUUACAAAACUGAUGAGAGACCCACCCCACAGUGACACCGGGCGACAAGAUCGAAAAUCUAGACGAAAAUGAAAUCAUCAAGAAUCCGCCAGUG